CCCUUCUCUUCUUCUUCUUCUUCUUCUUCUUCACAAUUUCUUUCCCUCCCACAAAGCUUCAUGGAAUCCCACUCCGACCCUCUCUCCCCAUCCGUCCGUCGGGGGCUGCAACUAAUCCAAUCGGACGACCACGCUUUGAAGCUCGAGGGUGCCCAGGAGAUCCGACGGCUCACCAAGACCUCGCAGAGGUGUCGCCGCCAACUCUCCGACUCCGUUGCCCCACUCGUCUCCAUGCUCCGUGUUCAUGACUCGCCCGACUCUCAUCAGUCUGCCCUCCUCGCUCUCCUCAACCUCGCCGUCAAGGAUGAGUCGAACAAGAUAAAGAUUGUGGAAGCUGGUGCUUUAGAACCGAUUAUUACUUUCCUUCGGUCAGAAAAUUCCAAUCUGCAGGAGUCUGCAACUGCAUCUCUACUCACCUUGUCGGCUUCUGCCUCCAACAAGCCAGUCAUUAGUGGCUGUGGUGCCAUUCCUCUUCUUGUUGAAAUCCUUAGAGAUGGAACCCCACAAGCCAAAGUUGAUUCUGUAAUGGCACUUUCCAAUCUCUCAACCUACCCAAUUAACCUUAGCAUCAUUCUUGAAGCGAAACCAGUUCCUUGUAUAAUUAAGUUGUUAAAAACUUGCAAAAAAUCUUCAAAGACAGCUGAAAAAUGCUGUGCUCUGAUAGAAUCUUUAAUGGCCUUUGAUGAGGGCAGAACUGCCAUGACGUCUGAAGAAGGUGGAGUGCUUGCAGUUAUUGAGAUGCUUGAAAGUGGAUCACUUCAAAGUCGAGAGCAUGCUGUUGGUGCUCUACUAACAAUGUGUCAAAGUGAUCGAUGCAAAUAUAGAGAAGCACUCCUUAAAGAAGGGGUAAUCCCUGGACUUCUUGAGCUCACUGUUCAAGGAACAGCCAAGUCUCAGUCGAAAGCACAGACACUUCUGCGAUUACUGAGGGAGUCCCCAUACCCACGAUCUGAGCUUGAACCAGACACACUGGAAAAUAUCGUGUGCAACAUUAUUUCUCAGAUCGAUGGUGAUGAUCAGUCAGGCAAAGCAAAGAAGAUGCUAGCCGAGAUGGUUCAAGUUAGCAUGGAACAGAGCUUGAGACAUUUACAGCAAAGGGCUCUGGUAUGCACACCAACUGAUCUUCCUAUCAAUACUUGUACCUCUGAGGUUUCCUUAAAAUGACCAAUUUGACCGAUCAGCUUAGCUUUGUUAGAUAUUGUACUAUGAGAUAAACUUUACGUGAGCCAGAGAAAACAAAAAAUACAGAAACAGGAAAAAAAAAGAAAAAAAAAGGAAAUACCACGGAAAAAAGCAAGAAAGAAUGUAAAGAUGAUGCCAGUCCAGGCCAUUGUUGUGAUGUCAAGUGAUUGGUGAGUUUCAAUAAAGUGGAACCAUGUAUGGCUUGAUAGAUCGUUAUAGUUGUUCUGUAAAGAAAAUGUUCUAUCUGAUAAUGUAAUAUCAUAGGGUAGCCCUGUGAGAAACUUAUUGUAACAGGAAAAUAUAUUUUAUCGUUUAAAUCAAGCCAGUCCAGGCUGUUGUGUAAUGUCGUCGGGCGACUGGUAACUGUCAAUAAACUGGAGAAUGUAUGAGGUAUUUUAAUAGUUGGUGUGUAAAGAAAACUGGUGUUUAAGAUUACGAUAUAUAUUGAAAGCUUUUUUUCUAUACU